AGCAUCGCCACAGCACUGUGGAAAUGAUAUGCCCAAUCUGUAGUGUAACAAGGCCAAGGUUCUAGGAAUGAGACUGGAAAGGGAAGACUGUGAGGACACCUCUUUGGGAUGCUCAUAACGUAUGUAAUAUAGCUAGCUUUGGGACACAACAUCAGGUGUCUGUGUAUUGGUUGAACUCCAACCAAUAAAAACCAAUAAARAGAUUUGAUUUACACAACUCCCGAUGUUGUGUCCGAAAGCUAUAAUAUAGCCAGCUAAUUAGCUAGCUAGCUAGCUUCCCUAUUUGCACAAAAUCUCAAAUCUUCUGUCUGUUGCUACAACAUUCUGACAGUUAAGUUUACCGGCGUGAUCAGAGCAAGAGAUCCAACCAGCCUGAGCCUCUUUAGCUAGCUAACUAAUAAUGAUACUGACUGUAAUUUAGCUAGUUGUAAGAAAGUCUUAUUUUUCUUCUAGGUCGAGGUGUUGUAUAGCUUCUGAGUAGCCUAGCUACAUAGCUAGGAAACACAAGGACAAUGCCUAUAUCAGACUUCGUGGAUGCCUUGAAGGACAACCCUUACUUUGGGGCUGGCUUUGGACUGGUGGGGGUGGGCUCGGCCAUUGCUGUGGCCAGGAAAUCAGCUCAAUUUGGGAUGAUCUUCUUCCGGAGGAACUACAUGAUCACCCUGGAGGUGCCCAGUCGGGACAAGAGCUACCACUGGCUGCUGAGCUGGAUCACCAAGCACGCCAAGCACACGCAGCACCUGAGUGUGGAGACCUCUUACAUGCAGCACGAGAGUGGACGGGUACACACACAGUUUGACUUCCACCCCAGUCCUGGCAACCACAUAAUCUGGUAUGGGAGGAAGUGGAUCCGAGUGGAGAGGACCAGAGAGAAACAGAUGGUGGAUCUCCACACAGGCACACCCUGGGAGUCGGUCACUUUCACCGCCAUGGGCAGAAACAGAGAAGUCUUCUUCAACAUCCUGCAAGAAGCCAGGGAGUUGGCCCUGAAGCAGGAGGAGGGUCGGACGGUGAUGUACACGGCCCUGGGCUCCGAGUGGAGGCCCUUUGGGUUCCCACGGCGACGACGGCCCCUCAGCUCAGUGGUCCUGGAACAYGGCUUGGCCGAUAGGAUUGUAGAUGAUGUGAAGGAGUUCAUCGGAAACCCCAAGUGGUACACAGACCGAGGGAUCCCCUACAGGAGAGGAUAUCUGCUGUAUGGACCUCCAGGCUGUGGGAAAAGCAGCUUCAUCACUGCCCUGGCUGGAGAGCUGGGCUACAGCAUCUGCCUGAUGAGUCUGAGCGACCGCAGCCUGUCUGACGACCGCCUCAACCACCUGCUGAGUGUGGCGCCGCAGCAGAGUAUCAUCCUACUGGAGGACGUGGACGCCGCCUUCYUCAGCCGAGAGCUGCUGCCCAUCGAGAGCKCUCUGGCCUACCAGGGCAUGGGCAGGCUGACCUUCAGUGGCCUCCUCAACGCUUUGGAUGGAGUGGCCUCGUCAGAGGCCAGAAUAGUCUUCAUGACCACCAACUUCAUAGACAGGUUGGACCCAGCUCUGAUCAGGCCGGGCCGUGUGGACUUGAAACAAUAUGUGGGCCACUGCACCCACUGGCAGCUCACCCAGAUGUUCCGACGCUUCUACCCAGCCGAGCCGGCCACAGAGGGGGACCGCUUUGCGGAGAGCGCGCUGGCCGCCCACCCCAACAUCAGUGCUGCCCAGGUGCAGGGGCACUUCAUGCUGUUCAAAAUGGACCCAACAGGCUCCAUAGACAACGUGGCCAAGAUGGAGUGAGGAGACUUAAAGGACUCUGGGAAGGAAGGUCACAGAAGCAGUCGCCAUUUGACACGAAAGGAGAAGUUAAAUGGACUCUGUUUGAGAUGGAAAAUGCUGUAUCUUGUCAAACUUUUUAUGUGCUUUUUAUGGCAAAGUCACAUACUGAAUAAAAGUGAGUGAGUGUAAAUUAAACAUGUUUUAAAUAAAAUCGAAGGCACACGA